AGGGGUCGGAAAGUAUCGGAUAUAACCGACGUAGGAGGGAGAACUUCUCGGGGUUUGCCAGACAAGUGCAAACUCCACAGGCCCCAACCGCCAAGCGUUGCUUCAGUACUGCGCGUCCCCUCGAUUCAUCUACCACUAUUUCGAACGUUCAAUCAGAGGCCAUUGACUUUAUGAAAUAUCUACAUGUGCCAAGUUAAUUUUUCAGUGAUGUGACGGAAAAUACAAGCCUACAGUCUAAUGUAUUUGUUCUCAACAUUAAAACUACAAUUUUGAGAGGCCCCAGAGAAGGGGAUUUGUAGCAGAAUGAACGUAUUUCUUCCAUCCCUGAUAUUCUUAUUACUGGGAAAUUUCGGUCAUGGCCAGGAGGACGGCUUGUCUUUCACCGUGAGUCCUGCUGAUCAUUCUGUUGUAGAGGGAUCACCCGUGCGUCUCCGAUGUGAGACGCAGCCCAGACUUGGUGUCAAUUAUUCAUGGAAACUCGAUGGACAGCCCCUAGCACCCAGUCCACGAAGGCAUCAAGUUGACAGUGAUCUCUACAUCACUCGUGUCAACAGAAUUUUGGACAGUGGAAACUUUGUUUGUGUUGCUUACCAUGAACCAAGUGGAAAUACUAUCGAGAGUUCGCCAGCGAAAAUCGAUGUGCAAUGGAUAAGUGAAGCGAGUGUUGCCCUGGAAUCGCCCAAGUUUUCAUCGUUAGUGCGACUGGGUAGUGAAAUUGAAUUGCGAUGUCACGUCGACGGUUCGGGGGAAAUGAAAUACGAGUGGUACAAGAAUACCCACAGCUUGGUAAUGGCUGAUGGCAGAAUUGAGACGAAAAAGAAGCGAAAAUUAUCAAUUCACAAUGCAAAUUCCCAAGACAGCGGAGUGUACACGUGCAAAGCGAAGAACGAAGCGGGUUAUUCGUUAAUUAAGGAGAGCUUUCCACUGGUAAUACCGUCGAAUGAGACGGCUACAAUAAAAGUUGUACCCCAGAAUAUCAUAGUGAAGCGCGGCGAAUCGACGUCCUUUCACUGUGUUUACGAAGAUGCUGAUAGAGUUGAGUGGUUUUUCAACGACAAUGGUCCCCUCGUUGAUGACGAGGAACGGGUGAUUUUCGAUAAUGGUACUUUGCUGCUGCGUUCCGUUGAGCAACGUGAUCAGGGCAUCUAUGCUUGCCACGGGGUCAGGGACGAAACGAGACAGAUUUACACAGCUGAACUUUAUAUUGCUUUUAUAAAAAACCUGACAGACGCGAGUUUCGAGCCGUCCCUUUCGAACCAACAGGCAAUAGUCGGCCGAGACCAAGAACUCCAGGUGAGUUGUUUGGAGCCCCGAGGACUACCUACUCCCCGCAUAUUUUGGCGCGAUCCUCGCAACCACAUCAUCAGCGAUAGCGGUGCAGUACGCAGCCAGGACAAUACCCUGAUAAUCUCGAAGGCCCGAAGCCCCGAGGAUAACGGCAACUACACCUGCGUGGCGGAGAAUCUGGCGGGCAUCACCGAAAUCCUCGUCCAAGUGAUAGUCUCUACGCCUUCUACCCUCCUAUCAUCCCCUCAAUCCUUAUCAGUAAUGGAGAGUGACCCCGUGACCCUAUCGUGCUCCUAUUCUGGUUUACCACCACCUGUGACAACAGUCCAGUGGCUGAAGGACUCAGAACCCCUGAAAGAGACCGGUGGCCCAACAAGAUACAGAAUGAUAAAUCAUCAUGGCAACGUGAGCCUGCACUUCAAGUCAAUAUCCUUAUCAGACAGGGGUACGUAUAACUGCGAAAUUCAGACAAAAGGUUUUUCAAGUAUUCGUUCAAAGCCGGCAACAGUCAGCAUUCAGGAGAAACUAAAAUUCUCACCGCCUCCAGUGGACAAAAAAUUGGAAUUGAAUUCUACAGCUAAGGUAUACUGCAAAGCCCAGGGCUCUACCAACCCCACAGUUAAGUGGAUGAAAUCAGGAGUUGGUGAUAAAUUUCCAGAGCACAUACAGGAUAUCAAUGGCACCCUGCACUUCAAUGGAGUCGUUGAGAGUGAUAAGGGCCAGUACAUUUGCAUGGCGACGAAUGCCCAAGGAUCGAUCAACCACACAAUUGACAUUGAAGUAGUGAUAGCCCCACAGUUCAAGAAACUUCCGCAGGAUCCGACGUACGUACUGGAGGGGACACCUAUUCUGCUGGAGUGUGUGGCAUUGGGAAAGCCAACGCCGCAGAUCCAUUGGGACAAGAACUCGAAGCUUGGAAAUUUGGGGGACAGAUCCCAAGUGCUUGGUAAUGGAUCUCUGUACAUCAGAGAGGCAUUCAUGACAGAUGCUGGCCAGUAUGGUUGCACAGCUGGAAACAGUGGUGGCCUCAAGCGCAUUGAAGUUCAGCUGAUUGUCAAGCCCAGAGAUGAAUCAAGGUACGACAUGGAUAUGGAGAACUACGAUGGCUCUAUGAUGACGAAGACAGUAACAAUUACUCUGAGUGUUGCUGCUGCUUACAUGGUCCUCGUGAUUGGGCUAAUGCUGUACUGCCGAUACAGAAGACGCAGGAGGAAACAGCAGUAUCUUCAGGAGCAAGCGGACGACAAGCUCGAGAACGGUGAUGUUCACGAGGAGCAGACCGAGCUCAAGGAGAUGAACCAUAAGGGAGCGAACAGUAAGAAGAAGGAUAGGGAUUCGCACAGGAGCGAUGGUGGGGAGACUGCUCAAAGUCAGAGUAGCAAUCACUCGAGAAAGUCCAAGAGCAGUUACGAUAAGCUUGCGAUAUCACGAAGUUAUCUUGGGGAUCUGAAACCACUGGGUCGGGGCGAAUUUGGGGAAGUAUUCUCCACUAGGUAUCAAGUCGAUUCUGAGAAAGAGCAGAUUGUUCUUGUAAAGAGCCUCCUCAAUACCAAGGACGAGAACAUUCUGCAGGAAUUCAAGAGGCAUUUGGAUAUGUUCCACAAGUUGAAUCAUGAUAAUGUGGCGAAGUUGGUGGGCUUGUGCAGGGAGGGAGAGCCAGACUACAUGAUAUUGGAGUAUACGGAUUGGGGUGAGUUGAAGCAAUUUUUGGUCGCCUCGAGAAAGGAUGAGACUGGCGCUUUGGGAGUCGAGAGCAAGGCUAGGGCUCCACAGCUGUCUGUUGCCCAAAUUUUGGCAUUGGCCAGUCACGCUGCCAAUGGCCUCAAGCACUUGGCAGAUAACCGAAUGGUGCACAAGGAUAUUGCUGCGAGAAAUUGUCUCAUUGCCAGCAAUUUGAGCCUCAAGAUAUCCAUGACCAGCAUGACUAAGGAGCCCUAUCAGCAGGAAUACACUAAACAUAAUAAUCAGGUGAUUCCUCUGAGGUGGCUGCCGUACGAAGCUGUUUACGAGGACGAGUACUCCACGAAGAGCGAUGUUUACUCGUUCUCGUGUCUCGUUUGGGAGAUAUUCCAUCAGGGGGAGCUGCCGUUUAACAAAUUCAAUGAUGAAACUGUAUUGACGAUGCUGAAUGUCGGCUCGCUUGAGUGGAAGGCCCACAAGGCUGCACCACCUGCUCUGCAGGAGCUCCAGGAGAAAUGCUGGUCGAAAGAUCCCAGGGAGCGGCCAUCUUUUGAUGAUGUUGUAUUAAAGAUUGGAGAAAUUGUCGUUGAUAGUUGUCUGUAAGAUUACGUAACGAGUGGUAGAUGACGUCAGGAAAGGAAAUAUUUCAUGGAAAAUAGCGAAUUUGGGAGGCAAUUCCAUUAGAUUUUCGUUGAAAUGUUGUAUUGGAAAAUUUUAGUAGAUAAUGUCAACGGAAUUUCUUUUUUCAAUUGAGAUUUUUUAAAUAGAAAAGACGAAUAUUAUUGACGUAUUCUAUAAAAUAUUUUCCAUUUAACAUUCCAACAAAUAUUAAAUAGAACUCUCCAGAAUUCGCUGGAAUUCAACACUCAAUGAGACGUAAGUAAUUCUGUCUGGUUUUGCCAGUUCACUUAUGACAAGUUACUGUAUGCAAUGAUAAGGAUUAAUUAGAAUAUAAGAUAUGGCCUGGAAGGUCCCAACGGCUAAUUGACACUGCCUCUGUCCAAUAAAUAUAACGAUAGUAUCGUAUUAAGGUUUUCGAAGAAAUAAUCGACUUAAUUUCAAUUGACAUAAAAAUUUAAUUCAACGGCCUUGAGUUGUAGUAUAACUUGCUCAUGAAUUUUCCAUUAUUCCCCGGAUGAAGAAAAAAUUAAUAGAACAGUCUUGAGCUUUCUUCAACAAAUUUCUAUACAAAUUCCUGGACGUGAAUUCUUCCAAUAUUUUCCCUUUAUCGUGAUUUUUUCCCCCAGGAAAAUUCACGAUAAAGAAAUUUCAACAAAUCGUAUUCAACCAUUGUUACGAAAAAAAUUUAAUAGUAUAUUUUUUUUAUUUCAGUUUAGAAUAAAAUUAAUGCAAAGAAACUCAUAGAAUCUUUUAAGAAAAAUUCCUUGAAGAAAUCUUUAUGCUUUUCCAUGAUUUUUUUUAUCUCUCCUUUGCAUCUUAUUUAUCUAGGAAUAUUUAAUCGAGUUCAUGAGAUAUUUAGAGGUAGCUGUUACAUUUUAUAAUUAAUCCAGUAAUAGAUGACGAUUUAAUAGCGAAAUAGUGAAAUGAGAGGAACAACCUCAAUUUGAGAAUUCAACUCGUAUCAAUACUUUCCAACAAUACAUUUCACAUCGAACGUAGGAACUACAAUUUAUAAUUUUUGUAAUAGUCGAUCUAUCCGAGCAAUGAAAUGAUGGUAGAAUUAUCACAGUCAUAUCACAAUGAGCCCAAUAUUUUUGAUUUUUUUUCAUAACUAUGCAGUAUGCAUAAACUACUCGUGUAUUUUCAAAUAGAAAGACAAGAGUGAUGAAUCUCUCGUUAAAUGAGACGAAACGCUAAUUUUUUAAGGUAAAGAAAACGUGUUAUUGUAUAUACUGGUGGAAAAAACUAUUUUGACUUUGCCGAGAUUGAAAAUUACAUGAUUAAUGUAAUUAGAUCGAGCUUGUGUGAACAUAAUUGUCAAUGUUCUUCCCGAAUAUUCGUGUGAGGAAGGCAGAAGGUAUCAUGUCCCAAAUGUACGUCAGAUUGGGCUGAUCACUAAAGUUCAAUUGAUUAUUUUCAGAGCACAGUUGCCAAAAUUUAAUAGGAAAGCCUAGCGAAUUCGUUGGAAAAUUCGAAUGGAUUUCUAUGCUUAACAAAAGAGUAUUCAAUAGAACUUCCUGACCUCAAAUCUCGAAUUUCUUAUUCAUUUCUAUUGUUCUUUGAUCCUCGUCAAGGAUAUUGAAUAACAUAACCUAGAAAAUUCUAAGCAUUGUGUGUAUUUCGAGUACAAUGACUAUAAAAAAAAUUGACAAGUUCCUUAGAGAAUAUUAACGGACAAUGAAUUAGGCCUAAGAAUUUGCAACUUAUAUAUUUUCAUGUAAAUAUCAUUUAACAGGUUAUGAACCCUACAGUGAAGUCUCCAAUGCACGAUUUUAAAAAAACUGAACGAAUAAUUUAUUCGUUAUAUAAAAAAAUGGAAUUCCAUUGACUUUUUAUAUUGAAUAUUUAAUGCUAAAGAUUUCAACAGAAUUGUCCAAAAAAAAAAAAUGGAAAGUUCCAUAGAAAUGCACGAGAUUUUUUUAACAAAUGAGCUGAGUUUUUAUAAUAAAUUUUCUCGUGCGUAAGAAGAAGAAAUAGUGAUGUAAUUUGACGAAAGAUGGAUUCCAGAAAGCUUUUGAUACAUUCAAUCCUACUUUUUCACAUUUAUAUGUCCACAAGAAUAUAAGAUACUCAGUAAUAUAGAUAUGACGGAAUAUAUAGGAGAAAUUGAUCGACUGAGAAUGAAAUUUGUGUUUCAGUCUUCCGAUGAAAAUUUGACUUUCGCGCCAUUAAGUCUGAGAUUAAUUCGAGGGCUGAACUUGAAGAUCAAUUGCUCAUAUCGCUCCCUAAAACAUCAGUAUGACCUACCUCUCAAAUUAAAAGCGCAGUGAAAGAAUAAUAUUACUGGAUCUAUCGAUAAGAUUUUAAACUGAACCAACAACGAAUAUGUAAUAGAAUUCACUCAAUACGAUGGCUAUGGAACCGCCUGAUUUUUAUACUGUCAACAAUGAUUUUAUAAUUGUAUAAUGUAGGAUUUAUAUUAAUCGCAAGACAGAACUGCUACUUAUGUGCAUAAAAAAUAAGAGGAAGAAUGUAAUGAUCGAAAUGCUAUUUAAAAGAGUAAUUCCACAACUUCAUCUCGUUAUGUAUACACACAUACUCAUAUCCAGCUCAAUUAUUCGAUCAUUCAUGCCGAUAUCUAGUCACAUGUACUUGGCGAUGAAAUAAUUUAAUGAUAAUAAUAAUCAUGAAUUGUACGAGGAAUCAACUAAUGAUUUUUUGGUAAAAGUUUUUCUCAACCUGACUGAGUUUCCAUUUUAAUGAGUUUUCUGACGCGAUUUUCCCCCUACGAACAGUAUUUUGUAAAUAUUUGUACUUUUUUUACACCUCUUUAUUUUCAAUUAAAUUAAUGAAUAUAGAUAAUAUAGUACUUGGAGUGACGCUGAAUAAAUGUAAUGAGAAAUGUGUGAGA